GUCAGACAUUGGAAUAAUUAUACAAAAAGUUUCAUUUAGCAUUUUAUUUUUUAUAAACUCUAUUUUCUGUAUUCCAAAAAAAAAUUGUAUUCGCGUUGUUUGAAAAAUUUUUUGUUUUUGUUUUUAGUUUAUAUUUGCAAAAUUUUUGUGUAUUCUCUCGAGUUAUUGAGAGUUCAUAUUAAACGAGGUAGCCGCUUAGCCCGUAGAAUUAAAAAACGAGAUUGAAAUUAUAAAAAAAGUGUGAGCGAUGGAUCAUUUUAAUAUACCUAAGAAAGUGAACCGGCAUGUAUUGAAGGCAUUGGGUGUUUUGAGUGGCGGUUCUCGUCAUCAGGUCAUCAUCACUUCAAAUAUAAUAAACCAAGUCAAAUAUCAGAUGCGAAACUUAGUACCUGUGCCGAAUCUAGAGAGCGCUGUGCAAAAGUCAUUAAAGAACCUAAGCGAAGUUGGAUUGAUUGAGCGACUUGGCACGUAUAGGUACGCUCUUGGACGUUGCGCUGCUGUCGUACCAGGCCCAAAUGCACAACCUAAUUCUAUAACUCCAGAUCGUCGAGUGUUUCGCGGAACUGAUCCACGGCGGUGCAGUCGAAGUACUUUGGAUCCCAAUACGAAACGUGGGCGUGCUUGUACUGAUGAGGAAUCUCUUUCAGGUGAUGACAUCGACCGCACACGCAAGCGCAUGCGCACAAAUAAUAAAAAGGUGCGACACACCGGUCGUUGGGCAUACCUGCCGCGUGUACGUCAACACAAACACAACCGCUCAACCACUCAAAUGUCCCAUAUAAAUGCAUCUAUCGAUACACCUCUGAUUUUUCAAGACCUCUAUUCACUACAUCACCCACACACACAAUUGCAGGAAUGUUGUCCUUCCAGAGGCUACCAAUACCCACUUGGAAUGGACUUGGAUUUUAUGCUUGCUAAUGUGACGCCCACACCAUCGCUGGAGAUAUCUGAAAUUACAUCUGUAAAAAACAUUGUGGAUAUUCGCAAAAUAGUCGAGACACCACCGUUACAAGAGCAGAAUGAGGAGACGAAAGGCACAAAUGCAAGAAAUGAACUGCAAGAAAAUGAGGAAAGAGACCUUCAAACACAGGACUUGUCGACGUCAGCUUCUGAUUACAGGACUGCAGCAUCCUCAAGCAAAACUACAAAUAAUCAAAAUCAAAUGUCAAAAUCGUGUGUGUCCAGACAGACAAUAAACACAUUUAAUACGGUUGCUGCUACUUCACAAAAGUCGUCUAUAUCUCAGUUGCCUGAUUACACGCAGUCUUAUAUAAAGUGAUAGUGUGUGAAUGUUUAACUGAAAAGAAACGGGUUCAAUAUUUUAUUUGUCUAAAGCAACGACUAGUAGUUUCUAUUGAAAGAUAAUAUUUUAUAGAUAUUAAUAUUAAAUGUAUGUAUGAGUGGAAAAGCUUUAUUUGUUUAAAUAGAAUCAUGGAAUCAGCAUGAGA